UCCACGGACCGUCCGGCUUGGCCAGCUGCAGAGGGUGAAGAUGCUGCACCACUUACUUUCCGCGCUCCACGAGGGCUUGUCUCUCCCCGUGGUUCUGGUGUUCCUGGCUACCUUCCUGCUCCUUGCUGACUACCUGAAAGGGAGGCACCCGAGGGGGUUUCCUCCAGGGCCCAUGCGCCUCCCUUUCCUGGGGAACCUUCUGCAUGUUAAUGCCAAGAAUCCUUUUUCUGAUAUAGAGAAGCUUAGAGAAAAAUAUGGCAACAUCUUCAGACUGCAGGCCGGUAGUAUGCGGAUUGUGGUUGUGAGUGGGCUGCCACUGGUGAAGGAAGUCCUUGUCCAUCAGGGUGAAAAUUUUGUUGAUCGUCCAGAAUUGCCUGUAUCAAGUGAAGUCUUUGGGUCGUUUGGACUGGUCUUCUCUAAUGGGCUUAGCUGGAAGCAGCAAAGGCGGUUUGCCUUAUCCACGCUGAGAAACUUUGGUUUGGGCAAGAGAAGCUUAGAAGAACGAAUCCAGGAGGAGAGCAGAUACCUAACUGAUGCCAUUGAAGAGCAGAAAGGGCAACCAUUUGACCCCCAACUGCUGAUCAAGAAUGCAGUUUCAAAUAUCAUCUGCUCCGUCACCUUUGGGGACCGCUUUGAGUAUUCCGAUAGCAGAUUCCAGAAGCUUUUGCACUUGAUUGAUAUAACUAUGGAGCUUCAAGGAAGUGUUUGGAUCCAGCUGUACCAAGCCUUCCCAGCCCUCAUGAAAUACGUGCCGGGACCCCAUCAUGCCUUUUUCAAAAACUGGGGCAACCUCAAAUCCUUUGUGCGAGAAAUAAUUGACAAGCACAAAGAAGAUUGGAACCCACACGAAACAAGAGACUUCAUUGAUGCGUAUUUGAAUGAAAUGGCCAAGGAAGACGCUGCUCCCAGUUUCCACGAGGAAGGCCUGCUACACUGUGCACUGGAUCUGUUUUUUGCCGGAACGGAGACGACUUCUGCAACGCUCCGCUGGGCUCUGCUGUACAUGGCCCUUCACCCAGACAUCCAAGCCAGAGUCCAAGAGGAAAUCGAUACCGUGAUUGGGCAGUCGCGACAGGCGGCACUGGAGGACCGGGAUCGCCUGCCCUACACCAACGCGGUCAUUCACGAAGUCCAGAGGAUCAGCAACAUCGUGCCUCUAAAUGUGCCCCGCGUGGCCACAAGGGACACGACCCUGGCCGGGUUUUUCCUGCCCAAGGGAACGACCUUGAUGUCCAACAUGGCCUCUGUGCUGCACGACGAGGAUGAGUGGGAAACCCCCGAUGUGUUCAAUCCCGGCCAUUUCCUCGAGAACGGCCAGUUCAGGAAAAGGGAAGCGUUCAUCCCAUUCUCUGCAGGAAAGCGAGCAUGUCUCGGAGAGCAGCUGGCCAGGACGGAGCUUUUCCUUUUCUUCACUGCUCUGAUCCAGAAGUUCACUUUCCAGCCUCCAGAGAAUGUGAAAUUAACCCUCAACUUCCAGAUCGGCAUUGCAGUCUCUCCUCAUCCGUACCGGAUACACGCAUUCUGUCGCUGAUGGAAGCCAUGUUAUCCUUGGUCAGAGAUCAAAAUUUACUGCCUUUCUGUUCUUGGGUGCCAUUGUGGAAAAAUGAAGAAUAGCUAUUAACACACACCUGGGAUCUCUGACCUACGUACUUUAAAGGCUACCUGUGGCUAUUCUCCAUGGUACAGCCAAUCACAAAGGGCAGCCAAUCCACAGACUGGUCCUUCUUCUCAAAGCUGCGGCUCAGCGUAGCUUCACUUUCCUUCAGAGGCUGGUGAGCCCUGCCAAUAUCCCUCAUUCUGGCUCAUUCAGCAGGCAUGCCUUUCUUUGGCUUGGUGGAAUCCCGAGCAGCCCUGGAGACAUUGUGGAGGGUUCCCUGCCCUGUGCAAGCUGUGGCAGCAGGCACGCCUUCUGGCAAUGUUGCACGGAGCACGCUCCGUUUCUCCCGGAGGCUGGAAUGCUGUCAGCACUUGGGGAAUCCCAUCUCUGAGCAUUUCGUCUCUUCCUCGCCAAUCCCUUUGGUAAUGGAACGCGACCUCAACUAGUGAACAUGCACUGUAAUGCAGAGAUUGCCAUUCUAGCAUUCGAGAAGUUUUAAUCCUCCUACAUCCUCUUCACGAAGAAAUCCUGCAGAGGCGUCUGGACCGGGUUGGGCUUUGUUCUGAGUUAAGGAGGGCUCUUCUAAGAUUUGUAAGAAACACUAAUCCUGUUUGGUUACUGAAUGCAUUUCCAGUCACGGACAUUCAAGCACCAUCUUUAUGGGUGUUUGAAAAGGCCCCAAAGACCCUGGGACUUACUGCGGCCUUCUUGUACCAUAGAAGUUAUAGGACUUCAUUUAAUUGAUUUCAACUCUAAGUCGGUUUUGUUUUUAAUUCCUUUUUAGCAUCCCUGCACUGGACAUUUUAACAUUCUUUCCUUUAAUUCUGGCUUUCAUUAGUGCUUCUGUUGCAGCUGCCUUGAUAAAUGUUAUUUGUUAAACUAUGGAGCACCUUGCCUGUCUUCUCUCCCUUCACAUCCAUGCAAUUUUCCUUUACUAGUUCCUUCUCUGGGAAAAAGCAAAAACAGCCUCAAACUAUGCUCAUGAUCCGCCCUCACUCAGCUCCUUAUUGUCCAACCUAGACAGAACUGAAACACUGCUGUAAGCUGAUAUGUGGGGUGGGAAGAGCUGCGCAUCCUUUGCAAUGUAAAAUUACCUAGCCACCUCAUGCUUUGUCGU